AUGUCAACUUUAAGUGAUUCACCAAAACGAACAUUAACUCGAGGAAUUUCAGCAAGUAAAAUUGCUAAACAAAUCUAUGAUCUAACAUUAAACGACGAACACGUUUUUGAUCACGGUAUAACAGCACAAAAAGAAGGUCGAACUGUUUUCGAAUGUUCGUGGGAAGUUGCUAAUAAAGUUGGUGGAAUUUAUACAGUAUUAAGAACAAAAGCAGUUAUAACAACUGAAGAAUUUGGUGAUCAAUAUUUUAUGUUAGGUCCGUACUGUGAACAGCGAGUUAAACUGGAGGUUGAAUUAUUAGAAGCGAAUUCAGCUCAAAUAAAAUAUGCUCUCGAACAAAUGGAAGAAAUUGGCUUUAAGGUUUAUUAUGGUAGAUGGUUGAUUGAUGGUUAUCCGAACGUUGUGCUUUUCGACAUUGGAUCGGCUGCUUGGAAGUUAGAUCAGUGGAAAUAUGAACUUUGGGAAUCAUGUAAAAUUGGAAUACCAUGGCACGAUAGAGAAUCGAAUGAUGCUGUUAUUCUCGGUUUCAUGGUUGCUAUUUUCAUCCAAAAGUAUGUAAAUUCAAUUGUUGCUCAUGCACCUCUUGUAAUAGCUCAUUUUCAUGAAUGGCAAGCAGGUAUCGGGCUCAUUUUAUCCAGACUGUGGAAAACCAAUGUUUCAACGAUUUUCACAACACAUGCAACAUUACUCGGACGCUACCUUAGUGCUUCUGGUGCUGAUUUAUAUAACAAUAUUCAACAGUAUGAAAUAAUUCAGUUUGAUCUUGAUAAAGAAGCUGGUGAUAGACAAAUAUACCACCGAUAUUGUAUUGAACGUGCCGCAGUUAAUAUGGCUCAUAUUUUCACAACCGUUAGCGCGAUAACAGGGCACGAAGCGAAACAUUUAUUAAAACGAGAACCUGACAUAAUAACACCAAAUGGCUUGAAUGUUAUCAAAUUUGCCGCUUUACAUGAAUUUCAAAAUCUUCAUCAAAUUUCCAAAGAGAAAAUAAAUGAUUUUAUUCGUGGGCAUUUCUAUGGGCAUUACGAUUUCGAUUUGAACAAAACAAUCUACAUAUUCACCGCUGGACGAUAUGAAUUUAUGAAUAAGGGCGGUGAUUUUUUUAUUGAAGCACUUGCACGUCUCAAUCACCUUCUAAAAUGA